AGCGGGUGGUUUGCAGCCUGAGCUUCGCUUUUUGGUKGAUAGGGGCAGUUGGUGUUUGCGAGUGGGAGAUGGAUCGUGAGCCCUCUUCUGAUUAGCGAAGCCGAAGAGCUCCUCAAAAUAAUCAGAACUAUUGAAAUAAUAGACGAGAACGGGUUGCUGAAACAAAAAGAAAAKAUAACUUAGUCCAUCUUUCACAUCCACUCCACACACAAUAACACGGCAUUGAUGGUAAUGUAUGCAAGGAAACAACCGAGACUCAGCGAUGGGUGCAACGACCGAAGGGAUUCACAGCCCUACCAGACGCUCAAAUACUCGUCGAAGAGUCACCCCGGUGGUGAUCAUCGCCAUGACAAGAUGCGAGACACCGCAGAUGCCACUCCUCCAUGUAAAAUGUAUCGGCGAUCUGACAGUCCUGACAACAAACACAUCGAUAACACGGGGCAUGGCAGGGCAAAGGCAGUCCACACGCACCGGGCCAGAGAGAGGGAUGGAGGGACGAGUUAUUCUCCACAGGAAAAUUCACACAACCACAGCACACAUCAUAGCAGCUCCAAUUCACAUUCGAACCCCAGCAAGACAUCAGACGCACCUUAUGAAGAUAAAGAUGACUGGUCAGAGCACAUCAGUUCCUCUGGGAAGAAGUACUACUACAACUGCAGAACAGAGGUGUCACAGUGGGAGAAACCCAAAGAGUGGCUGGAGAGAGAGCAGAGGCAGAAGGAGUCCUGCACUAAGUCGGCGCCAGUCAACAGUUUCCCCAAAGACAGGGACUACAGACGGGAGGCCAUGCAGCAGGCUACAGCAGUCACUGGCUUUACUGCUGCUAAGUCAGCCCAGGUGGAGAAGCAGCCUGCGUCGGUGUCUUCACAGUCGUCCUCCUCAGGCUCGGUCCUGAACCCCACGUCGGGUUCCUCCUCAGCCCCCACCACUGUGCCGGUAUCCCCGGUCCUGCAGUCCCACGCCCAUACCCCCCUGCUCCAGGACCCCUCCCUGCUCAGACAGCUCCUCCCAGCACUUCAGACCGCCUUGCAGCUCAAUAACGCCAGCGUCGACAUGGCCAAGAUCAACGAGGUCCUCAAAGCUGCUGUCACUCAAGCGUCGUUACAGUCGUUGCUUCAUAAGAUCCUCACGGCCGGCCCGUCGGCCUUCAACAUCACCACUCUUCUCUCCCAAGCAGCCCAGCUCUCCAACCAAGCCCAGCAGUCGAACCAGUCCCCCAUGUCCUUGACAUCAGACGCCUCCUCUCCCCGCUCCUACGUGUCUCCCAGGAUCAGCACGCCUCAGACCAACGCUGGUCACCACAAAGCCCUGCUCAGCACGCCGCCUGUCGCCUCACAAACCAAGGUGAACAACACGCCAGUUGUGAAGCAGCAGGGAUCAGCCCCCCAGCCCUCCCCCCAGCAGCCCCUCCCCAGCGACAAACUGCACGGACACGACAUCGCCGCCUCCCCAAGGACCCUCCAGCGCCAAGGCAGUCAGAGGAGUCCSUCCCCAGGUCCCAACCACGCCCCCCCCAGUAGCAGCAGCAGUGCCCCCACCACACCCUCCAGCUCCUCCACCCGGCCAGCCUCCUGCUCCUUCACCCCAACCCUAGCGUCACACUUCAACGAGAAUCUCAUCAAGCAUGUCCAGGGCUGGCCCGCCGACCACGCAGAGAAACAGGCGUCCAGGCUACGUGAGGAGGCCCACACCAUGGGAAGCAUCAACAUGUCUGAAAAUUGCACCGAGCUCAAAAAUCUGAGAUCCUUAGUUCGAGUCAGUGAAAUUCAAGCGACAUUGCGCGAGCAGAGGAUAUUAUUUUUGAGACAACAAAUUAAAGAACUUGAAAAGUUGAAGAAUCAGAAUUCCUUCAUGGUCUGAGGACUUGACUUGAAGAGUGGAGAGGAAAGGGGGGAGAGACCCAUUGCACAUGGUUGGAAGAGAGCUCUUGGUUGGGAGAACCAUUGUGUUCUUGUUCUGUGCCCAGUCUUAACACUUUUGAGCUGCAGUUGGAUUGGCUUUGGACCACUGGACUGGGCUUUGAGAGGGCUGGGUUAGGUGGAGAGAGGCUGAGUGGUUGAUGGUUGUUGUGGAGGAGAAGAGCGGAGASAAGGGUUAGACAUGGCUUGCAUCCCAAAUGGCAUCCUUUUCAAUUUAUACUGCGCUACUUUUGAACGGGGCCAACAGGACGCAACCAUGGUUGGUUUUGUUUGCGCCCUGGAGAUGUAGAUUUCUUGUAGAUGUUAUCCAUGUUGUAAAUAUGUUUUGUAGAUGACUAAAGCCAUGGAAAGCCAUGUUUAUCAAAGCUUUUGACAUUCAAGCUAGUCAACGUUAUGCCCGAGGAAUCAACAGCUUAAUAAGUUCAUAGCCGCCUUCAUGUUAAACGCAUCAGUCGGGUAUGUCCCAAAUGGCACKCUAUUCCUUAUAUAGUGCARACUAUUCCCUAUAUAUAGUACACUACUUUUGACCGGAACCCUAUGGGCCUUGGUCGAAAGUACACUAUAUAGGGAAUAGGGUGCCAUUUGGGACAGAGGCACUCAGUCUGCAGACUUCAAGCUUUUUUGUUAAUAGAUCAGUGAACCAUUGCCUUGAGCAUGUCUGUGACCUAUGACCUGCAUGGAACUGGAAGAUGGUGUUAUAAUAACUGAAACAUAAAAAAAGACUAACGCAAACAAAACAAACUCGGUUUUAAUUUUCUAGUUUUCUCUGCUCUUGCAUAAUAAUAAUAAUGCUCCAUGGAUGAAACCCAGUCAUAUUUGACGUAUGUAUUACCCUCUGGUGGAAGUAUUAAGGUUACACAACCACACACGAUGUCUCUCAAAUGGCUCCCUUUAUAUGGCAGUACUUUUGGCAAACGUAGUGCACUAUAUAGGAAAUAGGGUGAUGUUUGCGAGACAGGUACCCAUCUCCACCAUCCUCCUAAAAAGGUUAAUCAUGCCUGGUUGCAAUGGUUCAGAGAUCUGUUUGUUCACAGCUAACAGUAGCCAAACCAGUGCCUGAUGGUGUGAUGGGYAAAAAAAUAAUGAAAGAGAGCACAGCAAUGUUGUGCUUUUUUUUACAUCAAGGAUAAUUCCCAAUGCUAGUCCCUCCCUAACCCUGCCCCUGGCCACACCCAUUACAUGCCGAAGCCCAACCCCCUUGGUCUAGCUCUUCUGAGGAGCCGCAGAGCAGUUGUCUUUCUAAAACCCUCCUGUUGGUUUUUUCUUUCUCCAAAACUUUCCAGCUAAGUUAUUUUUGUAUUUUUMGGGGGGAGAACUGUACUUUUAUUAAAUGUGAGGGUGGCACCAUCUCGGUUCAACUAAGAGUUCAUUCCUAUGUACAUUUGAUAAGGUAAUAAUGGAGUUUAAGAAGAGGUUAAAAAAAACAAGUUUUAUUAAAAAGUUGCAGUGAUUACUAGUAUAUCAGAAUGUUAUAAAUUAUUGCUACACAUUUUCCUUUGCACACUGUUGUGAGUGAAUGAGUGCGAAUGAGAGCUAUUAAAGAAGUGGUUUGGGGGGCACUACCGAGGCAAGGUAUGGGGUGCGUCUGAAAUGGCACCAUAUUCCCUUUUUUCUGCACUACCUUUGACCAAGGCCCAUAGGCAAGACUAAAAUGGAGAAGACAGCAAUGUCAUCGUUUUCAAGAUUCUUCAGCAGUUGCACUGGGAGCCAAAUGGGGCGUCCGGUGAACUUACCUGAAUGACGCAAUUGGAGCUCUUGGCAUCCAUUUGUCUUCUUCUCUUUUAGUCUUCCUGCCCAUGGGGACUGGUCAAAAUGUAGUGUACUAUAUAGGGAAUAGGGUACCAUUAGGGACGUAGGCAUGGAGAUUAUGAUCGCUGCCCCACACACCAUGGUCAGAGGUCGAGCAGGGCAAUGACAGCCAGGUCACAAGGUCAAAUGUGAAAUGUACGUAUUGUAAUAAACAUGCUAAACUCAAGCGAGCACUGGUUAUUUUAUUAGAGUUUUCUGUUAGGUUUUACAUUGUAUUAUUACUAUUAUAACGCUAGUGCCUUGUUGAAAGUCUUAAGUCACACAGCCUCUGACAUGGAAAUAAAUGUACCAAGUUUGUUUUCGGGUUUGAUCAGUAACAAAGAUAUUCAAUAAGCAUGUCAUGCAUCAAUCUACAUAGGGUUGUUUUGGCACUCCAACCCAGAAUUGCAUCUUUGUAUAUGUUGUGUUUGUUCCCCUGUUCACUCUGAGUCAGAACGGGAACAGUGUUUCUAUCCCAAAUAGCACCCUAUUCCCUGUGUAAGUGCACUACUUUUGACCGGGGCCCAUAUGACUCUUGUCAAAAGUAGUGCACUAUUUAGGGGAUAGGGUGCCAUUUGGGAACCAUACGUGUCCUCACCUGUGACGUGUUUUUCUCCACUGUUCUAUUAUUCUAGUGAGUCUGUGAUUUGAGCUGCACCAACACAUUCAGUAAAUAUGACCACAUUGCUUUGUAUAUUGUUUUCCUCUGACUAUAUUGAAUAAAAUAAAUCAAAUAUGCCUCUA